AUGGCCCUCGCCGUCAAUGGAAGCCGCUGCGCAAGCGCGACAUUCGGGACCCCUAUACUGCUAGGGGCCAGUAUUCUCGCGGUGCAAGCUAACCUGGUGGAAGACUACAGCUUCGACGUUCCGAAGGGAUGGACCUACUCUCAGCCGGCCCUCGACGUUGAGAACGCCACCUUUUGCAACGUCACCGUUACCUACACGCACCCAGGACAGAACGACACCCUCACGGCCGAGGCCUGGCUACCACCCAUAGACCGCUACAACGGUAUCUUGCAGUCAGUCGGCGGAGGUGGCUGGAACCCCGGCCGCUUCAUACUCAGCUACGCAGCCAUGAUCAACGCCGUUGCCAACGGCUACGCGACUGUCACCACCGACGCCGGAAUCCCUACUACCUCGAACCCCAUCGACUGGCUGCUUAAAAGCCCGGGGAGCUUAGACACCAACGCUCUGCAAAACUUUGGUCAGGUCUCCCUGAAUGAUGAGGCUAUUAUAACGAAACAGCUUAUUGAAAGCUUCUACGGCAAGCCUCCUGCGCGAUCCUAUUGGAAUGCCUGCUCCCAGGGCGGCCGUCAGGGCCUCAAACUGGCGCAGCAAUACCCAGACGCCUACGACGGCAUCAUGUCAGCCGCCCCCGCCGUCAACUGGGCCGAGUUCUACCUCAAUUCGAUCUGGCCUAGCUACUACAUGCUCAAGACCCAGCAGUUCCCGCUGGGGUGCGAACUCAACGCGAUCACCGCCCUUGCCAUCUCUGCCUGCGACGAGCUAGACGGUGUCAAGGACGGCCUCGUCAGUGAUCCCGAGGCCUGCAGGGCAAACUUCAACGUUUCCGCGCAGGUUGGCAAGUCUUUUACGUGCGCGCAGAUUAACUCGACGCUCGAAAUCAGUGAAGCAGCCGCCAACGUGGCCAUCGCCUCCUGGACCGGUCCCCGUUCUUCCACUGGGAGAUUCAUCUACGAUGGGUACGAGAUGGGCAGCGAUCUAUCCGUCAUCGCACCGACAGAAUGCACCGGCAAGGUCUGCACGAGCAGCACUGCUGAGGCAAACGUUGCCUUUGCCUGGCAGGCUUUCGUCUCCAAAGACCCCAAUGCUACGGUGCCUACUCUUACAGACACAAUGUUUGACACGAUCCACCGCGCCACCAAAUUGGUCUUUGCCUCCAACAUGGAGACCGACGAGGCGGACCUGAGCGACUUCAAAAAUGCAGGGGGCAAGAUCAUUACCUACCACGGACUCGCCGAUCAAAGCAUCUCUCCUGGCGGCACUCUCCGAUACUACAACACCGUCUCUGACGUUGUCGGCGGCAACAUUAGCUCGUUUUACAAAUACUAUCGCGUCCCCGGGCUCGAGCACUGCUGGGGUGGCAGAGGAGGACAACCCGAGGCCCUCUUCGCGCAGCUUCGGGCCUGGGUCGAGAACGGGACGGAGCCGGAGUCUUCACCAGUGAUCGUGACGCUGCCGGAUGGAUCGACGCAAGAGCAGGUGCUGUGCCCGUAUCCGCAGAAGGCGAGGUUUGAUGACGCUCUUGAUUCACAGUGUGACGAAGUCAAGCCCAAGUGCGGGCAGUGCUCGAAAGCCCUACACAACUGCAGCUUCGAGUCCUCAACACUAAGCUCAGACCUGGACACCCCAGCCAAUGCCUCUCAUGAUGCCCUCAAUCGUGGCCAAUCUUCCAAGUACUCGAAGGCAAACGAAUCUCGGCAUGAUAUGCCUCAAAGCGACUACUCUACUAGACACAACCAGCAGCUCGGUGUCCCAGUGGCUUCCUCGUCUUCCAGCACCCUGAGCCACACCUCCUCGCCAGGCAGCAGCACAUCGGCCGGUCCAGACUCUCUACUUCUGGGAACAUCCCUAAAAGGACUCAUCCCAUGGAUAUGGACCGUUGAUGAUCUUGCCCUACUGCACCACUUCCUCACCUGCCCAGCUCUGGACCACGGCGACGCAAUCCUCUGGCGUCAAAAGGUGCCCCUCCUCGCCUUCGAAAACCAUUCCGUCCUCCACCUCCUCCUCGCCGUGUCCGCGUUUCAUCUAGCUACCAUAAAACCAGACGAGCGAACGAGGUAUCGAGGGCUGGCAGACAAACACUACGAGGCCGGCCUACGUCAGACCAUGGAACUCAUGCCCCGCCUCAGCCUCGACUCUGCUGGCGUCCUCUACAUCGCCACCACUCUCAUCUGCUCCUGUAGCUUUGCCCGCGGUCCCGCGCCGGGAAAUCUGCUCAUAGUCUCGGAUGGCGUUGAGGUGGCCUGGUUCGAGCUGCUCAAGGGCGUCAGGCUCGUCAUUGAGACGGUCGGCUUCGAGGCCAUCUUCUCAGGCGUCCUCGCUCCUACGCCUUCAGAAGAAAAGCCGCCACCGAGGAAGGACCCGUCAGGCCAGGCUUCAGUGUCGUGUUCAAGCCCGACAGCGUCAAGACCCGUUACAUGGGAACAUGCUCUCGGGCGCAUCGCACAGCUCAUUGCUGACACUGCGGAUCCCGACGAAGUAACUUACAGAAAGAUGAUUCAAUACGUAUCCUCCGCCUUCCAAGAAACCUUUGGAACCUUCGCUGAGCCCACCACCGCGUCCGAGGGCAAGAUGGAGGUGAUUAUGGCUUGCAUCUACCGCACCGAUGACGACUUCGUGCGAUGUCUCAAAAUGAAAAAGACCAUCGCCCUGGUUGUGCUGGGGCACUUUGCCGUACUGGUCAAGAAGCUCGAGUGGCUGUGGUACAUGCGCGGCUGGGCUGAUCAAAUUCUACAAGGCGUGGCGUCGAAUCUAGAUGCUGCGUACUUGGAUUUCCUGCAGUGGCCGAGGAAAGAGAUUGAAAGACUUGAAUUCGCUACAGGGAAUGAGAAUACUUGA